AUGCCGUUUGCUGCAGCAGCCGCUGCGCCGCCACCCAAAGAGCAGCCAGCAGCGCCUGGGCUGCCCCACGGGGGCCCCGAAGAGGCCCCUGGUAGCAGCGGGGGCCCCCUGGGGGCUCUUUUGGGGCCCCUUUUGGGGCCCCUGGAGCCGCUGGGGGCCCCCCGGGGGGGCCUCCCAGGGGGGCCCCCCGGGGGGCCCCCCGUGCUGCUGUCUCCUUCUUCAAGUUCAGCUAAAGAAAAUGAAGACAGCCAAAGAGCAGCAGAAGAAGACGGAGCAGCAGCAAAGCAGCAGCAGCAGCAGCAGCAGCGGAAGCGGUUUGUGCCUGCGGGGCCCCCGGGGCUUGGGGGCCCCCCGCCGACGCCGCUGCCUUUUGCUGCAGCAGCAGCAGCAGCUGCUGCUGCUGCUGCUGCAGCGAAAGGCAGCGGGCUGGCAGCAAACAGCAGCAGCAAAAGCGGAUUCGAAAGGGCCCGAGAGCUUCUUGCUGCUUCUGGGGCUGUCCAGAAGCUUAAAGAAAUCGCCAGCAGCAAAAUGUACUUCAACCCUUUACACAAAAGUCCGCAGCCCGCAGCAGCAGCUGCAGCAGCAGCAGCAGCAGGAGAGGGAGCAGCAGCAGCAGCAGCAGAGGAAGCGGCGGCAGCAGCGGCGGAAGCUGCAGCGGCUUCUUCUGUCCCGGAGGCUGCAGCGGCAGCCGUAGCGGCGCCGCCGCCAGCCGCAGAUGCAGCAGCAGAAGCAGCAGAAGCAGCAGCAGCAGAAGCAGCAGCAGCAGCAGCAGCAGGGCCGGGUGGAGUGUCUGUACACUGGAGCGAAGAAGGCCUCGCCUCCAAAAGCCCCGAAAGCCGAACAACUCGUCGGCAUUCAUUUUUGCCUUCGACUUUUUCUUCUCCGUUGCUGCUGCUGUCGCCGCGGGCCUCAGCAGCAGACGCAGCAGCAGCAGCAGCAGCAGCAGACCGGCCCUCGCCCCUCAGCAGCAGCAGCCAGCGCAACCUCCUGAGCACGCCCUCUGAGGCAGCAGCAAAUCCAGAGGCCACUUUUGCUGCCAGAUGGGCGGCGGAGAAUGCAGCGGCAGCAGCGCCAGCAGCAGCAGCAGCAGCAGACGAAGCGGCAGCAGCAGCAGCAGCAGCAGCAGCAGCGCAGAACGCACCAGCAGCUGCAGCAGAUCGCGCACCUGAAGCAGCGUCGCCGCGAGACGCAGCUGUCGAACCUGAAGGGGAGGCGCAAGGCGCAGCAGCAGCAGCAACCCCUGCUGCUGCUGCUGCUGCUGCAGCAAGGAGCAGUGAGGCGCCGCGAGUAAGAGAGGCUCCCAGCCAAAGGGAAGGGACACAUGGCAAGCGCCGCCGCACAGGUGCUGCUGCCUCCUCUUCUGCUGCUGCUGCUGCUGCUCGCCGCUUUUGGCUCAGCUCUCAGCAGCAGCAGCCGCAGCAGCAGCAGCCGCAGCAGCAGCAGCAGCAGCAGCAAACGAAACGCCCGGGAAGGCCACCCACGGCAAGCUCGUCACUACACUGGACGCGAGCGCAGCCUUCUGCUGCUGCUGCUGCUGCUGCUGCUGUCGGUACACCUGGAGAGGGUGACCUGCAGAAGCCGGCAGCAGCAGGAACCCCAGCAGCAGCAGCAGCAGCAGCAACGCCAGCGGAGGCAACAGAAGAGCGUGGAGGCGCUGCUGCUGCGCCCACGCCUGCUCCGGAAAGCGCAGCAGCGCAGCCAAAAGCCACCAGAGCCACCAGCAGCAACAGCAACAGCAGCAGCAGCAGCAGCACUCCCCUGGGACUGGCCAGCAGCAGCAGCAGCAGCAGCUUCGACCUGCGGGCCCUCAGGAAGCAGUGCUACGGGGGCGAGGGGGGCCCUUUGCUGCUGCAGUCUGUGGCUGCUUCUGGGGGCCGCAGGAGCGCGAGACACCGCCGUAGCAGGAGUCCUUUGCCUGCUGCUGCUGCUGCUGCUGCUGCUUCGCCUGCUGCUGCUGCUGCUGAAGCUGCUGCAGCGCGGGCUGCGCAGAAGGCAGCAGGGACGCCGGGAGAAGAUCAGCAGCAGCAGCAGCAGCAGCAGCUGUCACCACGCUCGCGCGCCCACCAGCAGCUGUCUCCCCUGCUGCUGCACGGGCAACUGCUGCAGCAGCAGCAGGAGAUCCGCUCGCCACUGUUCCUCUACGAGCAGCUGCAGCAGCAGCAGCAGCAGCAGCAUGACGAGCAGCAAACAACGGAAGGCGAGGAGAUAUCCAGUGCUGCUGCUGCAGAAGAAACUGAGGGGGAGCCCGAGGCUUUGCUUGCUAACGCCAGCAGCAGCUUCCCAACACCUGCUGCUGCUGCUGCGGCACCUGCUGCUGCAGCAUCACCUGCAGCUGCUGCUGCUGCACCUUCUGCUGCAGCGCCUGCUGCUGCAGCACCUGCUACUGCUACUAUGACUGCCCGGGCCCUACGUGAUGCAGCAGGAGGGGAAUCCAGGCGAAUGCGUGCGAGUUCACAGAGCAUCAGCAGCAGCAGCAGCAGCAGCAGCAGCGUCUCCAGAAGCAGAGUGAUCAGAGCCUUUGCUGCUGAGCAGCAGCGGCUGCAGCAGCAGCAGCAGCAACGGCGGCGGCGGGCAUCUGAGAGGCCUGAAGAGGUCCCGAAGCGGCCUCGGGGGACUCCCCAAGCUGCUGCAGGCACAGCAGCAACAGCAGCAGCAGCAACAGCAACGCCAGCUGCAGCAACAACAACACCAGCAGCAGCAACAGCAACACCAGCAGCAACAACAGCAACACAAGCAGGAGCAACAGCAACACCCGCAGCAGCAACAGCAUCUCCAGCAGCAGCAACAGCAUCACCCGAACCAGCAACAGCAACACCAGCAGCAGCAACAGCAACUCCAGCCGCAACUGAAGCAACGCCAGCAGCAGCUGCGGCAACACCAGCACCAGCACCAGCUGCACCAGCAGCAGCUGGAGCAACACCAGCAGCAGCUGAAGCAACACCAGCAGCUGCAGCAGCAACACCAGCAGCUGCAGCAGCAACGCCAGCAGCUGCAGCAGCAGAGCUGGCGGGAGUCCGCUUGCGCCCCGCUGAAGCGGCGCGAGAAGCGGCGACAACAGCAACAGCUGCAGCACCUGCAGCAGCUGCUGCUGCUGCAGCAACGCCAGCAGCAGCAGCAGCAGCAGCAGCAGCAGCAGCCCUUCCCGUGCUGCUGCUGCCUGCUGCUGCUUCGCGCGAGUCCUCGUGUGAAGUCCCCAGAGCGCCGCCAGCUUCUCCGUGCAGCAGAGGGCAGACCCCGCCUCGCAGGUCUUCUGCUGAGCAGCAGCAGCAGCAGCAGCAGCAGCAGCAGCAGCACGAGCAGCAGCACAGGCAGCAGGAAGAGCGGCCCAAAUGGCAGCAGUCAGAAGAGGCGGCGCUGCUGGCUGCUGCAACAGCGGUAGAGCAACCCCAGCAGUUGCAGCAGCAGCAGCGGCAGCAGCAGCAGCAGCGGCAGCAGCAGCAGCAGCAGCAGCAGGAGCAAAGGUCUACGAGAGAGCUCCGGCGGCAGCCUGAGCAGCGGGAGCGGGCUGCAGCUCAGACAGCGCCGGAGGGUCAGCAGCAACAGCAGCAGCAACAACAGCAGCAGCAGCAGCGCGUCAUGCUGCAGCAAGCAGCAGCAGCAAACAGGCUGCCGCCCCUGGGGGAGCCCAGGGGCCCAGAAAGGGCCCUUUUGGUUUCUCCUAGAAAAGGCUCAAGACGCAGCGACGCGGGGGCUGUGCCGCUGCCGCAGCUAGCAGCAGCACAGCAGCAGCAGCAGCAGCAGCAGCAGCAGGGCGCUGCAGCCAGCCAAGGGCCCGAAGCAAACCUGGGGGCCCCACAGCCAGCUCUGCCCCUAGAAAGGCCCUCGCGGCUGCUGUCGCCCAGCAGUGGAGAAGCAGCAAUGGGGUUGCAGCUGCCGCUGCUGGGGCAGCAGUCUCCUAGCAGCAGCAGCAGCAGCAGCAACAGCAGCAGCAGCAGCGGCGGCGACGGCGGCGGCAGCAGGAGUAGGAGCAGAGCAGCUGUUGGCACCACCCCGGCCACCGCAAGCGCAGGCAGCAGCCGCAACAGCAGCAGCAACAGCCGCAACAGCCGCAACAGCAGCAACAGCAGCACCAGUGGCAGCAGCAGCAGCAGCAGCAGCUCGGCCACGAAGGAUAUUACCGUCAACGCGGCGAGGCCGCAAGCCGCAGCUGCAGCUGUCAAUUUGGUGCUGCAAGCACAGCGCCGGCAGCAGCAGCAGCAAGACCAACUGCAGCAGCAGCAGCAAGCGCAGCAAAAGCGGCAGCAAGAGCAGCAGCAGCAACAAGAGCAAAGGGAGCAGCGGCGGCAAGAGCAGCAAACACAGCAGCAGCAGCGGCAAGAACGGGAGCAGCAGCAGCAGCAGCAAGAGCACGAGCAGCAGCAGCUGGAGCACGAGCGGCAGCAGCAGCAAGAGAAGCAGCAGCAGCAAGAACAGCAGCAGCAGCAGGAAUCUCUUCUAGAUGUAGGGGCCCCCUCUGGGAGGCCUUCUUCAACAAGUCCCCUCAUACCGCAGCUCCGUCUUAGCCGCAGCAGCAGGGCCCCCCCUCCAGGAGACUUCUCUUUUGCUGCUGCAGCUGCAGCAGCAGACCCGCAGCAGCAGCAGCAGCAGCAGCUGAGCGAUGACCCCACAGUGUCUUCGUCAAUCUCCGUUCCGCAGAUGAGCCGCAGCCCUCAGGCAGAGACACCAGAGGGGCCCCAAACAGGGCACAGCAGGGGGGCCCCCCAGGGGCCCCCAGAGGGGGCCCUCCAGGGGCCCCCAGGGGGGCCCCCAGGGGGGCCCCCAGAGGGGCCCCCAAGUAGGAGGCAGUCUGAGGGUUUAGGGUCUUCUCCUUCUACGCAGUGGAGUGCCUCGCUGUCGUCUCCCAGCAGCCCCAGUUUUUUGUUGCAGCAGCAGCUGCAGCAGGAGCAGCAGCUGCAGCAGCAGCAGCAACAGCAGCGGCGGCCGCAGCAGGCGUUUCAACGGGGCCGCUCUCCCGAGAUCAGGUCCCACAAGAGGCCCCGCCGCAGCUCUCCGCCCGUCAGCCGCAGCAGCAGCAGCAGCAACAGCAGCAGCAGCAGCAGCAGCAGCUUGCAGCCUGGCUUUGCAGCAGCUUUGGCCCGCAGCGGACGCCGCGCGGCCUCUGCAGGAUUUCGUUUGCUGCUGUCGACUGCAGGGUCUCAGGCGCGGCGUUUGUCUUUGGGGGCGUUGCGAGUUGCUGCUGCUGCUGCUGCUGCAGCAGCAGCAGCUGCUGCCUCCAUGCUGCUGGUUGCUGCGGGGCCCCUAAACCCUAAAUUAGUGUUUGCACUCUCCAAGGCCCUGCCGCCCGCCUUCACCAAACUGCCCAACUUUGCGGCGCAGGAGCUGGGGGCCUUUGAAGUGCGGCGAAGAAACCCCUGCAGCAAAAUCUCGAGGCGGCUUCUCGCGGGCAGGCCCUCUGCUGCGGAGGCACAGGAGGCGCUGCAGGAAGUCGCUGCUGCUGAGCAGGAGGGCGAAGUGGGGAGUGUGGAUUGGUCCAUUGUGCAGCUGGCCGCCCCAACCAUUAUCUACGGCCUUGACAUCCUCACAGCACAAGAGGAGGGGCCCCCAGACCUUGGGGGCCCCCAGGGGGCCCCUGGGGGCCCCCGGGGGGCCCCCAUGGGGCCCCCCUUUUUCGUUGAGGGUUUGCGGGCGAAGCCCGCAGUAGAUGGAAGUCUGGAUUUGAUAGAAUCUGACACACCGGGCUGGGUGACGGUGCUGGGCUGCGGCGAAAACCUGCGGGCGCACCACAACUACUUUUCUGUGGACAGUGGGGGUUUGGCUUUGACUCAUUUGCGGCUAGGAGUGCGGAGUCCCGCAUUUGCUGCUGCUGCUGCUGCUGCUGCUGCUGUGUCUCCUGUUUCCUCUUCUCGGGGUCAAGGAGCAGCAGCUGCUGCUGCUGCGCCUUCCGCCUGCCUCCGCACGGCAGUGCUGCGUCUUCGGGUGUACGGACAGGUGGCUGUGGGGCCCCCAGGGCAGCUGCAGCAGCAGCAGCAGCAGCAGCAGCUGGUGCUGCUGCAGCAGCAGCCAGAAUGGCAGCAGCAGGGACUUCCCGUCCAGCUGCAAGAAGUGACAAGUUUGCUGCAGGGUGCUGCUGUGAUCUCGGGGCCCUCUUCAGGUGUAUGGACACCUCAAAACCGGCAGCAGCUGCUCAUUAAUAAAAGCAGAAGCAGAAGCAGCAGCAGCAGCAGCAGGCAGCGGCGCCGCCGCAGCCGCAGCAGCAGCAGCAGCAAGGACCCCACAGGGGCCCCAGAGGAAACAGCAACUUGGCUGCUGCUGCUGAGCGGAAGUUCUGUUUUAAAAGAAGCUGAAGUGAAGCGCUUUGCUGCUGAGGCGGAGGACGGGGCAGAGCCUGCUGCCUUUGAAAUCCAAGCUGCCCGGGCCCCUGACGAGGUGCUGCGGCUGCCGCUCAGUGAACAGAUCAAAAGAAGCCAAGAGCUGCAGGACCUCGACUGGCAGCUUUUGGGCCGCUUCACUUUUUCCGAAGGCCAGAACGAGCUUGCCUUGCCUAUGUUUGCUGCUGCUGACGGGAUGCAGCAGCAGCAGCAGCAGCAGGGCAAGCAGCUCGGUGCUGCAGCAGCGGCUGCUGCAGCGCGGCAGCAGCAGCAGCAGCAGCAGUUCGCCCUUUAA